UUUUAUUUCCUUUGAGAAACUAUCGUUUCGUUAAUUUAAGCUGCCACAUUUUUAGAACAGAAGAGACAAAUGUGAUAAUGAAUAAUUUGGCCUAACAUAGUAGCCAUAGCACACUGCAUAAUUGUGUCAAUGAUAUCCACAAAAGUAGAUACUUUUUUCAUGCCUUUUGUUUUGCCCCACACAGCAGACACUAUAUUUGAAAUAUCUGUCUCAGUUGUUCUUCCAUGGCCUAAGUUAGAAUAUGCUCAUCUCCAGCAUGUCCCUUUCUUCUCUUCCCACCUUUCCAAUGCACCCUUCUCUUCAACCUACUAAGUUUGGCACCAACAGUGAUACAGCAACAGAAGCAGUUACACUGGUCAAUGCUGCUGUCCAGACAGAGGUGUCUGUAAUUGGAAACAGUGAAAAUGGGAGCAUAGUUGGGUUUAGAAAAUCUUGGUUUUUGAGCUCAAGGGAAGAAGCAGAGCUUUGUUUAGGUCUCAGGGUAUCCUCGGAUAACACACAAACACCACAAGUAAUAAAACUAUUUGGCAGCUUAAUUUUCUUCCUAAGAUGUUUUUCUUCCCUUUAUGAGAUUCUCCUGUUUAUGUAUUUAUUAUAUAAGUUCUACACUGCAUAUCUGUGGUUAGAAAAAUAUCUACGGGAAAACUUUUUCAUAAAUAUUCAGCAGGGAGCAAAGACUGAAGUUGCUAAGCCAAAAACCAAAGGGCUUGAAGAGCCUUCUGCAAUCACAAGAAGGUCCGUACUUAGUCUAGAUAAGGCUCUGUGCAAUGAAAGACAAACAAAAGAAAGACUGGCUCAUGACUAUCGCGGAUUAGUUACCUCUAUUGCAGCAGGGUAUCAAGGCAAAGGAUUAAGCCUUCAAGACCUCAUUCAGGAAGGAACCAUUGGACUUCUUAGAGGAGCAGAGAAAUUUGAGCCAGAGAGAGGAUAUAAACUAUCCACAUAUGUUUACUGGUGGAUUAAGCAAGCCAUUAUUAAAGCCGUAGCCAGAAAGUCCAGAUUAGUGAGAUUACCGGGUGGCAAGUGUGAGAUGGUGGCCAAAGUUGCUCAGGCCAACAAUAUCUUGAGCACAACACUGAAGAGAAAGCCCACAUACGAUGAAACUGCUAAAGUGCUCAAUGUGAAGGCUUCCACUGUUAGGCUUGUUUCUGAAAAGAGCAGAGCACCAAUUUCAUUGGACAAAGUUGUAACUGAUUGUGGCCACAUGACACUUCAGGAGAUUAUAGCAGGGCCAGAGGACAUGACUCCAGAGAAGAUGGUUAAGAAGCAACUAAUGAAGGAGGAAGUGAUGGAUCUUCUUAACACACUUAGCAAGAGAGAAGCAGAGAUUGUGACAUUGCACUAUGGACUGAAUGGAGAUACCCCUCGCUCUUUCAAGGAGAUAGGAGGAAUGAUGCAGUUGUCAAGGGAGAGAAUCAGACAGAUUAAUGGAAUUGCAUUGUCAAAAUUGCGACAAACCAGUAUUAUAGAUGAUCUCAAAUUCUAUCUUGUAUAGAAAAAUAUUACUGAAAAAGAAGAAAUUAAAAUCAAUGUAUAGAAAGCAUGCAUGUUAAACCAAGUGUUCACUAUAUGUCAAUGUACAAUUUUACCACGAACCAAAACAACUGUUAUAUUAAUACAUGGAAAUUUAUACGUUACUCAG